AUGUUCGUCAUGCGCAUGUUGCUGGCUAUCGGUCUUACGGCGCUGAGCAGCGCAUAUGCGCUUCCUCCGGCGGACCCUGUCGUGGGAUAUACCCGGAACGGAUCCUAUUUGGGGUUUCAUGUCCCACAACCAUCGAGUGAAGUCUUCCUAGGGAUUCCAUACGCGCACGCCCGCCGGCUGCGCAUAGCCGACUCACUCAAUGAGACAUGGACGGGGGCGCACAACGCGACGCGGUAUGGCCUCACCUGCCCCGGUUGGGGUGAUCAGAAUGAUUGGGGAUGGCCGAUUGGCGAGGACUGUUUGAAUAUUGACAUUGCGCGGCCGGUCGGCACGACACCCGACCAACGCCUACCCGUCAUGGUCUGGAUCUACGGCGGCGGAUUCUACCAAGGGGCAAUUCGCGACCCGAUGAUGAAUCUCGGUUAUAUGGUCCAGACCUCGACGCAGAUCGACAUGCCUGUUUUGGUGGUCUCGGUGAAUUCGCGACUAGCGGGGUACGGGUAUCUGAAUAGCGAGGAGACGGUGCGCGAGGGGAUUGCUAAUCUGGGACUGCGCGAUCUGUGGAAGGCGCUGGAGUGGAUUCAAGAGAAUAUCGAAGGCUUCGGCGGCGACACAUCCCGCGUCACCAUCUGGGGCGAGUCCUCGGGCGGCCUCAGCGUCGAACUGCUCGCGCAGGCGUACAGUGGCCAGAACUCAGGUCUCUUCCACGCGGGUAUCAUCUCCAGCGUGACGGCCUACUCGCCGUUUAUGGGAACCAUGAAGCAGCAGCAGGGGUACUUUGACAGUGUCAGCGAGAGCACGGGCUGCAAUUCAUCUAUCGAGAUGAUCGAUUGUCUCCGCAACCUCCCUCUCCAACAAUAUAAUGCCAGUCUGUACGCAGCCAACUCCGGCACCGACUUUCGCCCCGUCAUCGACGGUGACUUCCUCAAGAACUCGCCUUCCUCGCAGUUCUCUCACCAGCAGAUGGCCCCUGUCGCACUUCUUCUGGGCGCAAACUCCGACGAGGGUCUGACGACGUUCAUCAACAGCGCUAACACGAGCGAAGAGCUGGUUGAGCUCGUGCAGGAGAAGUUCGCGCUUAAUGCCAGCACGUCGGAGGAGAUCGUGGCGCUGUACGCGGAUCUGGACACGUUACCCCCGUACUCGCAAUCGUUGGAUGUCGACUGGGUCGCGCAGGCGCAAGCGGCGGGAUUCGAAGCCGGAAAUUGGAGCCGAGUGGGAUAUGCUAUCGGGGGAGACUGGAGCGCAAUCUCAGGCCGGCGCAAAACAGCCCAACGCUGGAAUGAAGGUAGUGGGCAGCCGGUAUACAGCUACCGCUUCGACACAGACCCCUGGCGGUUCCCAAUCCACCCCGAGUCUAGUGGACUUGGACUAGGGUUUGCCCAGCACGGCAGUGACCUAUGCUUCGAGUUCCGCAUCCCCUAUGCACCCUAUACGCCAUACCUGCCCAUCCAGAACGUGACCGCCAUGCAUCAUGUCAGCUAUGCCUUGCAGGCCACCUGGAUCAGCUUUGCCUCGACCAAGGACCCCAACCACCACGGACUUGACUGGAUCCCCCACUGGCCGGAGUAUACUACCUCGCGCCAGAACUUCGUGUACAAUGCCACACUGUCGAACACGUUGAAUCUGCAUGUUGAGGAGGAUUCCUGGCGGGAGAGCCAGAUUCAGUGGUGGAUUGAUCGGUGGGAUUGGCUGUUGACGCAGGCGAAGGGGUUUUAACGGCAGUCACAUUAGGUGUAAACUGGGUCUAAUCAAUUGCCUCUGGCUCUGAGGUAGAGGGCGCUUGCAGGCCUGGCACGCGUGGUCAGUGAAUGAGGUGAUUUUAGCGUACAUGAAGAUU